AUGGAAAGCCUAUCUCAUACCUUUGCAACUAAAGGGGACGAGACCGUGGGACCAGCAGAGCCAAUUCUCGCAUCUUCCCUAAUCGAUGACGACGAGCUGGACGACUUGAUCGACCGCGUGUACAACUCGGGUAUCACAGAGCACAAGCACAAAAAAGAGCGCAUAGGAACUGGAGUCAAGAGCUUGGAUGCAGCACUAUUCGGCGGACUGGAAAGUGGAAGGGUAAUCGAAAUUGGUGGUGAAGCAAGUGCAGGCGUCAGAGAGGUUUACACAACUUUGCUUGUUAGUUGUCUUUUGAUAAAUCGACAUUCUACGGCGGCGGUGGUGGAUACGACAGGCAAUUUUGAUGUCUUGAGGUUGUUCACGCUGAUUAUUGCGCGGUUACUAUCGUGUCAACAAUCUCAGGAUCUACUAGCGCCCCUUCGCGAAUCUGUGGGUUUGGGAUCAGAUUCUCGAGCAGAAGAUGUAGCGGCAAAGGUGCUGGAUCGGGUUAAAAUCAUGAGAGUGUUUGAUUUCGAGGGUGUGAGGGAGGCAGUGGGGGAGAUUCGAGAUGAGCUCGAGGGAAGAGGGGGAGGUGGAAAAGAUACGGAAGAGAAAGAGGAGGCGUUGGCAAAGGAGCAGGUACGGGUGGGUGAAGCGAAAGAAACUUCUAAGAGGACAUUUGUUCCGGAUAGCGAGGGCGAGGAUGAGGACGAGGAAGAGGAAAUGCUGUUUGAAUCCGAGGCCAAGCCCAAUUUGGCACCACGAGUGCAAGACACGGCCGCGAUAUCGGCCGCGAUAUCAGCCCCGGAACCGGAAAAAUCAGGACAUGCAGACACGGCAGAGCAAGCUGCAGAAAUAACCCCCAAGAAGAGUACACCGAGCACUCUGAAAUUUAUCCUAAUCGAUAAUCUCGCCCACGUCUUUGGCCCCGUAUCAAAGAACGACAUGAACAAAGCAACAUCCUUCACAUCCACCCUCCUCUCAACCCUCGCUCACUUAACCCACUCACUCUCUCUCUACACCCUCCUCGUAAUCCCCACCACGCCUCCCCCCACCACUCGGGCUGCAUCUCCCAAACGCGGGGUCCCCGAGCACCGAGCACACGCAGCGAGCUACGGGGGUCCAGAUCAAGCGGAGCCAGUACCCCAGCCUUCUAUUUUCUCGAGUAAUAAAAUAGGACCAGGUGUACCGGGGCUUAGUGGACUGAUGGGACUGUACAGUGACAUACGGGUACUAAUCAGUCGGAUGCCUCGUCGGAAAGUCGAUGCAAGGAUUUAUUACGAUGAGAAGAUGGACAUGGCGCGGAAGAGAAGGGUGGAGAUGGUCGGGGUGUUGGAGGUGGUGGGGGACAGAUGGGGAGGGAGAAUGGGAGGUUGGGGGGUAUUCGCAGAGGGACAACAUGGGAUUGUAGAUGUAAAAUAA